AUGAUGACCAAGCAAAAGUAGGCCACUGGUGAUGUGAGUUUGGAGGGAGGUGAGGGAAAGAAGAAGGAGACAGAUCCUGGAUGAAGGGGUAGCAAGAUUUGGAAGCCAGAAAGCAGUACAAGGAGGCAAACCAAAGUACCACCUCCUUCCCGUCCCAGGGACCACAUACCUUCAGGGUGAGACUGGAGGAAAAGGACCUCUCAGUGGUUUUCCCCACUGCAGCAUUUUUUUUGGACAAUUGGCAUUGCUCAAACCUGAGUCUCAUUGCCAGGAAGUUUCACAAGGCAGCUUUGCCAGAGGAAGUCCCUGGAAUCUCCUGGACUUCUUCUUGCUUCCUUCCCAUAAAAGAGGCUGUUGAAAACUCAGAGGCAUAAAAGGCCCAGAGUAUGGGCAUCCCAGAGAAACUGACCAGGGAUAUGGGAGUGAUCGCCAUGGAUCAGAAGUCUUUCUGGGAAGGUUUAGUGGUCUUGCUGCUUCUUCAGGAAGGAUCUGCCUACAAACUGGUUUGCUACUUUACCAACUGGUCACAAGACAGGCAGGAACCAGGGAAGUUCACCCUUGAGAGCACUGAUCCCUUCCUAUGUUCUCACCUUAUUUACUCAUUCGCCAGCAUCAGUAACAACAAGGUCAUCAUCAAGGACAAGAAUGAGGCGAAGCUUUACCAGACCAUCAACAGUCUCAAAACCAAGAAUCCCAAACUGAAAAUUCUUUUGUCUAUUGGAGGGUAUCUGUUUGGUUCCAAAGGGUUCCAUCCUGUGGUUGAAUCUUCUUCAUCAACCUUGAAAUUUGUCAACUCUGUAAUCCUAUUUCUGAGGAAUCAUAACUUUGAUGGACUGGACAUAAGUUGGAUCUACCCAAAUGUAAAAGACAACACUCAUUUCACUGUGCUGAUUCAUAAGUUAGCAGAAGCUUUUCAGCAGGACUUUGUAAAAUCCACCAAAGAAAGGCUUCUCUUGACUGCAGGAGUUUCUGCAGGGAGGCAGAUGAUUGACAACAGCUAUCAGAUCAAGGAAUUGGCAAAAGACCUGGAUUUCAUCAACCUCCUGUCUUUUGACUUCCAUGGGUCUUGGGAAAAGCCCCUUGUCACUGGCCACAACAGCCCCCUGAGAAAGGGACAGCUGGACAGAGGGACAAGCUCCUACUACAAUGUGGAAUAUGCUGUGGGAUACUGGAUAAACAAGGGGAUGCCUGCAGAGAAGGUGGUCAUGGGCAUCCCCACGUAUGGACGUUCCUUUACACUGGCCUCUGCAGAAACUGCCUUAGGGGCCCCUGCCUCUGGUCCUGGAGCUGCUGGCCCCAUCACCAAGUCUGCAGGCUUCCUCGCUUAUUAUGAGAUCUGUCAGUUCCUACAGGGAGCCAAGAUCACAAGACUCCAGGAUCAGCAAGUUCCCUAUGCAGUUAAGGGGAACCAGUGGGUGGGCUAUGAUGAUGUGGAGAGCGUGGAGACCAAGGUGAGGGUGCUGCUGACCAACCAGGUGUGCUGACAUCAUCUCAAUGGAGGAGCGGGACACUGGAAAUCACUGCAGACAGACAACUGGAGAGAACUGGCCAUAUUGUCCUGGAGAAGGGCCCAGAGCAGUGCAGAAUCUCCUAAACUAUAUGAUUGUGCAGCAGCCUUUCAACUCUGAACAUCUAUGUCUUAGUAACUUGACUGAGGCCUUAUGUUACUGAUUGGAUUUGAAAUACUUUCGUUUCCAGGCUUAACUCAUAGCUAAGUAGGUAAGAUGACCUUGCUGCGUACUCCUGCUGCAGGAAUUCAUGUGUGGGAUUCUUGGAGGUUAGAUGAGGCCCUCAGGAUGUCUCUUCUCCAAGUCUCCCCUUAACUUUCUCUCAGACCUCAGACUGGGUCUGGCUUUGUUCUCCUGCAGCUGCUGACUGCUUCCCUUGAGGCACAAUAAAGAAAAAGCAUGUUGUUCCAGCCA